GGUGAAUGAAUGUGAAUGGCUGAUUAAAGAAUACAUUAAACGAAGGUUCCCGAGUUGUGUUGAGACGCCAAAAGAAGAGCUUUUCACUGAAGCCCUUUGGACACUUGUUGAUUUCUUUCUGCAGACCGAACCGAUGAAACAGCAGGAACAAGUGGAGUGGGAUGACGUGAACAAACGUUUACAACAUCAUGGUUUUAAACCGGUGUUUUUUGCAGAUCCCGCUGAGAAUAAGAGUCCUGCAGAUUUGGUCCUUCUGGACAAGAAGUCAGCUGCUGAGCUGAGGACAACUCUGAGGGUGAUGCUCACAGACUCAGAGAGAAGGCAGGCCCUGAUCCAGGAGCUUGUCAUGUCCAACAACCAGCUCAAAAUGGAGGUUCAGGAGCACAUGAGCCGAGCAGCUCAGCAGUGUCAGAGGGUCACAGAGCUGGAGGAACUGUUGGACAAGGUGAAGACCAGAGUCCAGGAUCUGGAGGACCGCUACCUUAGCAAGGCAGUCCAGCAGCACAGCCACACACAGCAACUGCAGAAGGAAAAACUGGAAGCACACAGACAGUGUGAGAUUCUAGAGCAAAAGCUGUCGAAACAGAAAGAGGAGGCAACCCAGCUUCAGAGGAAACUCCAUUUCAUCACCAAAAAAGAAGAGCAGCGAUUGGCUUUGCAGCGUCAAGCCUCCCAGCAGAGGUCUCCUGCAGAUCAACAAGCCAACUUCCUGUGGAGCUCGCCAAAACAAGACGGCACAGCUGAGAUUAGCGAGCUCAUCAGUGACCCAGCCAAGGAAGCCCGGCUGUGUGUCUACUAUCAUCAUCUGUUGAAUGAGAUCAGUGCAGUUGUAACUGAUCAUAAAGGUCCUCUGAGAGUGCACAGACCGGACUUCCAGGAUGUCCUGUCUACACUGAAAGUGUGGGCAGAGCAGCUCGAUCUGCUGAAGGGUCUUCAGUGCAGUUUAAAAGAACUGUCUGUCAGACUAAUGCCCUUACAACCAUGCGAUGGUGGUUAUAACACUGACGAAGCAGCAGAGGUUGGAGACAUGUUGCUGCUUGUAGACGCCAUGCUGGAAAAUGCCUCGGCUGAUGAUAAGGUCCUCAGAAGCCCCACUCGACACACUCUGGAGUCCAUGGUGUCUCAUUUUCAGAAGCUGUUUGACGUCAUCAUCAUGAAGGUGAAACAGCACGAGGAGUUCUUCCCUGCGUUCCAUGCCCUGGUUACAGGAAUCUUACAGACUCUAGGAGUGAGCCACCUAGACGACAUCCUGCCAGCUCUGAAGGCUUUGACAGAAACAGCACAGUGACCUGAUCAGCUUUUUGUUUUUAGUCAAACCUCUAUUUUAUAAGCUGCCUGAAAGCAUGGCUGAUGCUGUUUUCACCUCUGUGUGGAUGAUGCCAGCAGAUUUUUACACUUUUGAUACUUACCAUUGUAAACCUGGCAGGAGUAGAUGAGUUAAAGGCACGAUGUGAUGGUGGAGGUGCCGUAGGAGGUGUGGUCUCUGAAAAUCACGUCAGUACUGUCAGCACUUGUGUUUGACAUGUGUACAUAGCUGUAACAAAAGCAGGCCCCAAACAUGGGAGGAAUAAAGCAUUUGUCAGUUAUUAGCA